GCAAAAGGGCUCGCGAUGACUCGUCCACCUCCAGCCACCCUCAAGAUUCUCCUUAUCAAAUCAAGAAUGGAGGUAAAGUUGAUGAGCCUGCUAUGGUUUCCAUUACCGAAAGGGUUCCUCUAGCGGAGUUGCCGGUGAAUACCCAAUCUGCCUUUUUAAACAAGACAAAGACUGCAAUGGGCUAUGGCCAUAGUCUGUGUGAUGCAAUCGAUGAUAGCUUCAGUGCAAGACCAGAGGCUAGUCCCAUAGUUUCUACCAAGAGCCUGCGGCUAUCUGAUUUUGAAACUCCAAGGAAAGAGACUGACAGUUUAAGUGCAGGAACAAUGGCUGUUCCCGUUGUUUCAGCAGAAAGCAUGAGUCUGUCAGAUUUUGAAACUUCGAGGGCAGAAUCUGAGCGUUCUAGACCAUUGGAAAAUUUUCCGAUGACUGGUCUUCUUGAUGAUGAUUUUGAUGAAUCUAUCUUAGAGCAAAUUGACAAUAUAUGUCAGCAGAAAUCAGCUGCAAAAUCAAUGGGGCAGGAGCCAGAUGGUAGCUUUCAAGAGGAAGGUCGGAAUGACAAUGAUAUCAACGGUGAUGUAAAUGUGAGUUCAGGUACUAUUUCUGGUAUUGAGAGUGUAAUGAGUGGUGACCUAUUGAAAGAUGUGGUUGAUUUGGAUCCUGAAGAACACACAUAUUCUCGGAAUGGCACACAAAAUGGCAACAUGCCCGAGGAAUAUUCAAAAUAUUUGAAGUCUCUAAAUGAUCGUCAAAGAGAAGCAGCUUGCACUGAUAUUUCAAUCCCCUUAAUAAUUGUUGCUGGUCCUGGAAGUGGGAAGACAUCCACAAUGGUUGGGCGCAUUUUGGUGCUACUUAGUGAGGGAAUCGGUCCAUCAAAUAUUCUUGCAAUGACAUUCACGACUGCAGCAGCUUCUGAGAUGAGACAACGAAUUGGAUCCAUUGCUGGGAAGGCAAUAGCAAAAGAACUUACAAUCAGCACAUUUCAUUCAUUUUCCUUGCGGCUUUGUCGUUCACAUGCUGAAAAGUUAGGUCGCACAUCGGAUUUCUUAGUUUAUGGACAAGGCCAACAGCGAAAAGCAAUUAUUGAAGCCAUCCGGUUAUUAGAAAAUGGAAAAACUAAACAAAAAGAUUGUUCUUUGUUGAUUGGCGAAAAGUCCAGUAGUCUAACAAGUCAACAGUUCAAGGAUAAGGCAAAGAAAUGGCAGAAGUUUGUGACUCAGGCCAAAGCUUCAGGAAGGACUUAUGCAGAGUAUCGUGAACUAGGCAAUGAAAUGGGAGCUGAAAUUCUCGAGAACUACAAUAACAUAUUGAAAUCUUGUAAUGCCUUGGAUUAUCAUGACUUAAUUAGCUGUUCAGUGAAGCUGCUUUCUGAUUUUCCUGAAGUUUUCAAGGAGUGUCGGGAUUUAUGGAAAGCUAUUGUCAUUGAUGAGUUCCAAGACACUAGUUCCAUGCAAUACACUCUUCUAAGAGUUCUUGCUUGCGACGGCAAAAUAACUAUUGUUGGCGAUGAUGAUCAGUCUAUUUUCAGUUUCAAUGGAGCGGACACUUCUGGGUUUGUUUCCUUUCGUAGUGAUUUUCCAAACUACAAAGAGAUUAGGCUUAACAAAAACUAUCGCUCGACACGCUACAUUGUUGAGGCUGCAUCAUUUCUGAUACGAAAUAAUACCAAGCGAUGUCAAUUAAAGAAUGUUCUUACUGACAACUCAAGCGGAUCUAAGAUUACUGUAAUGGAAUGUCAUAACGAGGAUGCCCAAUGUGCAUUAGCGGUCGACAAGAUCUUAGAGCUUUCUUCUGCUAAUUCCUCGUAUGGCAAUAUUGCAAUUCUUUAUCGUAGGCAGAUAUCAGGCAAAGCCUUCCAAAUUGCUUUUCGCGAAAGGAAAAUACCUUUUAACACUCAUGGUGUGGCUUUCUAUCGUAAAAAGGUUGUCAAAACUAUCAUUGCCAUGCUUCGCACCGCAUUACCUGGUUGUGAUGAUGAUCCAUAUCUUCGUGUCUUCAAGGCUUUAUUGCCUUUUGAGAAAGACCAAAAAAAGAGGGUAAUUGAGCAUGUCAAGAAAAUUUCAACUAUUCGGAAAUGUAGUUUCUUAUCUGCUGCUCGCGACAUCUUUAAUGCCAAGAUUUCUGGUACCUUCAAGAGGAGUCAGCUUGCGCAUGGUAGGAAGGUACUCAUGACACUAGAGAUGAUGUCAAAGCUCGUUCACCAGGCAAGUUCAAUUUCAGCUGUUAUAUCAUCAGUGGCAAGCAUGAUACCUGAGAAAUACCUUCUUGACCAACGGGCAGUGGUUGAUGUUGAUGGAGGGACAUAUUUGAAUGAAGACUAUGAUGUCAGAUCUGUUCUUCAAUACCUGUUGGAUGAUGUCUCCGAGUUUUUGUCUACUAAACUUGUCGAGGUGAAAAGGGAUGAGGAAGUAAUGUUAGAAAAAGGCUGCACUAAUGUGCUAAGAAAAUUCAUUGACUAUUUAUCUCAGCGAGAGAAGGAAAAUUUCUGUGCUAGGAGGAAGGACAAUAAAAAUUCUGUGACAUUGACUACCAUUCAUCAGGCAAAAGGGUUGGAGUGGGAUGUCGUCUUCAUAAUUAAGGCAAAUGAAUCUGAGAUUCCUCUAUUACAUGAUUUCAACGGUAAUGUAAAGGAAACAGGAACCUUAGUUGAGGAGGAAAGACGUUUGUUUUACGUUGCUAUGACUCGUGCUCGUCAGAAGCUUUUUAUUCUAUAUGUAACAUUGGAUUCAAAUUGGCAGAUUCUUCAACCUUCACGGUUUGUAAAAGAAAUUCCUCAUCAUCUUCUAGAGGUCCAGGGUGAAAUCAGUGCACAAGAGUUACACCUUAAGCGAGAAGUUCUCCCAAAGGAAACUGUCCAGUCUAAUGAUCUGUUGGUCAAUAAGCAACAAUCGGAAGCAGACGUGAUGCCUAUCCCUGGUUGUUUGCUAAACAACGGUGAUAGUGAGUGUUCCAUGGAGCUUGCAGAGAUUGCAUGGGCAAAUAAUGGAAGUAAUUUGUUAAGAAGAUUUCAUGUGGAGGACAGAUCUUUAAUUUCUCAAUUAUUCCAUCAGUGGGCCAGAAAGAAAGCAUUUCAUGAUCCUAAGAGGUUGCUUGGCAAGGUUGGCUUUAUAAUUGAUGAACGCCUAAGAGAUAAGAGGAACAAAAACAAGGAUUUGUUGCGUUCACUCAAGUCUUGCCUUAGCUGUGAUGAAGCAUUUCAGUAUGCUCAAUAUGUUUUGAGGUGGGAGCAGAUUCCUGCUGAUAAACGUGCUCUACUUACGAGAGAAAAACAGGAGCACUUCAUGAAAUCAAGGAUUGACAGUGCAAUGGGUUCAGCAACGCCAACUCAUAAGCAGAUUUCUUAUUUGAAGAAACUGGGAUGCACUACGACUCCUACAUCGCGCCUCCAUGCAUCGCAUCUUAUCGAGCAAUACAAAUCAUUGUAAGAAAAAGCUUUUAGUUUAAAUGCGGUUAGUUCUAUUGUAUAAUAUUCUUUCAACGGAGGAUGUAAUUAUCUUGUUUAAUGACACAAUUUAUAUGAGCCUUUUGGGUUUUAAUUAUCUUCAAUUUCUGAUGUUUUUACUCUUUUUUUUUUUUUUCCUUUUUAUCUCAUGUCUUUGUAUUCUU